AUGGAAGUGAGGAAUGAGACAACUGUCCAAGAAUUCAUUUUGGAGGGGUUUCCUGCUGUCCAGCAUCUGGGAAAGGUUCUCUUCCUGGUGCACCUGCUGGCAUACCUGGCAUCCAUGGCAGGCAAUGCGGUCAUAAUCACCAUCACCUGUAUUGACUCCAGGCUCCACACACCAAUGUAUUUUCUGCUCAGUGUUUUCUCCUUUCUUGAGUGUUGCUGCACAAGUACUGUGAUUCCGAAGUUGAUGGUCAUCUAUCUUUUAAGGAGACAAACAAUUUCCUUUGUUGCCUGUUUCACACAAGCUUUUGUCUUUGUAUCUCUGGGAGCAGCAGGUUUCCUCCUCAUGGCAGUGAUGUCUCUGGAUCGGUACCUGGCCAUUUGCAGGCCUCUGCAUUACCCAACUAUCAUGAACUUGAAGACUUGUCUUUUAUUGGCUGCCACCUGCAUUUCUUUAGGCUUUAUUCUUAUUGCUGGUCUGGUGGUGAAGAUUUCACAGUUAUCUUUCUGUGGUCCCCAUGUCAUCACUCAUUUCUUUUGUGACCUUGGCCCUCUGAUUCAUCUUUCCUGUUCUGACACCAGAUUUGUUGAAACCAUGACCUUUGUUCUUGCCUUGUUUAUCCUUUUGACAUCCCUCAUCAUAACCAUCAUCGCUUACAGCAACAUCGUAGUCACAAUCAUUCGUCUCCCAUCAGCCAAGGAGAGACAGCGAGCUUUCUCCACCUGUUCAUCUCACCUCAUUGUUCUCUCUCUGAUGUAUGGUAGCUGUGUCUUUAUCUAUGUGAAACCCAAGCAAACAAACAAGGUGGAAUCCAACAGGGAGGCUUCCCUUGUGGCCACAGUGGUGACCCCUCUGCUGAACCCUGUCAUCUACACUCUACGGAACAAGCAGGUCCACCAGGCUCUGAGGGAGAAAAUGUGCAUAGUAAAAAUGUCACGAUAA